AUGGAUCAAACUGGGUAUGUCUGCAAAGGAAUGAACAGAACGUUCUUUGAAGCAGCCAAAUCAGGGAACGUAAGAGCGCUUAAUGAGAUUUCGCCGCCGUGGAGCGUUGCGAAUGAGGUAACGCCAGGGGGAAACACGGUGCUACAUAUUGCCGCCUAUCAUGGCUCUCUCCCAUUCGUUCACAAGUUGCUUCAACUUUCAAAUGCCAAUCUAGAGGAUGGGAUGACAUUUUUAAAAGCUAAAAAUAUGGAAGGAAACACAGCGUUACACGAAGCAGCCUUAGGAGGAAGUGAGCAAGUCGUGAAUACUUUACUUGAAUUCUGCCCAGAUUUGGUGAAUGAGAUCAACAAAGCAAGCGAAACAGCUCUCUUUAAAGCUUGUGAGGGAGUAAAAAUAUCAACAUUUGAAGGAACCCUGAGGUGGAACUCGAAUCUCAUAUCUGUAAGUGCAGUCCUAAUUGCAACGGUUGCUUUCGCAGCUGCUUUCACUCUACCGGGAGGUACAGGCAACCAAGCACGGGGCCCACCAGCGCCUAUAUUGAUUAACAUCAAUCUCUUCAAGCUUUUUGUGAUAUUUGACACGCUGGCUUUCUGUUUUUCCAUUGCUUCUGCUAUCCUCCUUAAUUUUGCUGGUUUUCGUAGCCAUGUAGAAGAUUGGAUCAUAACUCAGUUCAGUUUGGAAGCGUUAUAUAUAGCAGUGUUAUCAUUAUCAAUAACAUUUGGCGCAGCAAUACAUCUGGUUGUGGCAUCAAAGUGUUUGUGGUUGGCUGUGUCUGUGUGGGUUAUGGUGUGCCUUCUUCCAAUAUGCAUAAGGGCAAUGUCACUAUUUGGAAAAGCAUACUUGUUCAUUCCACGAGGCCACUAUGUAUUUAUCUUACUCGAAGGUUUCGGUCUUGCCUAUAAUAUGUUAUUUCCCCUUAUUUGGGUAGUUUCGGUGGUAUUCUUCUAUCCUAUUGUUCGCCUUUCAUUGAGUCGGGUUCUGAAGAAGCUCUAUGGGAUCAAAUCUUUGGAAGAAGUACGGUACAAUGGAGUCAGAUCUUUGGCAGAAGCUCCAAGGAAUAAUAGACAAAUAAGCUCUUUGGAAUUACGUUUUUGGCGUAUACUCUUUAGAUAUGUAAUAAGUCAAAAUGCGUAGAUAAAAUGUAUUUCUUGUAUUGUAUAAUGGAGGAUUAAAAAGUAGGUAUCUUCAAAAACAAAUUAUCUAGUAGAAGCUUCGUAAAUUAAGAUUUAGUUUAACUGUUUUUCAAUAGUUAU